CCUCACUGGAUGCUCACAAAGAUCGCAGUGGAUAACGGGAUAAGUAAGCGGUUUGUGGACUCUUAGCCUUUCUGCCAUCCUGGGAUCUUUCUGUUGAGUCGGUCUGCCCGAAAUUGUUGUGUUCAGAAGUUUGAGUAAAGCGUUACGAUGGAUUUGAUGAAGAUAUCUGGAUGCGCUUUGGUGUUCUUCAGCGUCUCCGUUUGCGCGUCAAGGCUUCUGGGUGACAUUUACGAGCCCAGAGGCCAACAGAUAUGCAAGCGUGGCACAGAGAAGCCGUGCUAUAAAAUCGCAUACUUUCAAGAUAGUCGACGCAAACUCAACUUCGAAGACGCCAGCCGUGCCUGCAGGAGUGACGGUGGAGACCUCCUCAGUAUUGAGUCUAAGGCAGAGCAGAAGCUUAUAGAGACUUUUAUUGAAGAACUAAAAGCAUCCGAUGGAGACUUUUGGAUUGGCCUACGUAGGGAUCAAAGUUACGAGGAAGAAAUAGGAGAUUGUCCAUCCGAGUACUAUUGGCUAGAUGGAAGCCAUGCAACUUUCAGGAACUGGCAUUGGGAUGAACCUUCUUGCGGGUUUGAGGUGUGUGUGGUGAUGUACCAUCAGCCAUCAGCUCCUCCUGGCCAGGGUGGUCCUUAUAUGUUUCAGUGGAAUGAUGACAAUUGUGAAACCAAGAACAACUUUAUCUGCAAGUACACCAAAGAUAAACCCAAGGCACCAAUUCCUGCAGAAAAUCGAACAUUUGAAGAUGCUCUUCCAACACCCAGAACAGCCAGAAAUCCCUCUGUCACCGUAAAGGAUGAUGGCAUGAGGGGGGUUGUUACUGAACCUACAGACAAUGCAGUUAACAUUCUUUACAUUGUACUUCCCACAAUCCCUCUUCUCCUGCUAUUGAUUGUGGCAACAGGAGUUUUCUGCUUCAAGCUUUUCACAAAAAGCAGGAAGAAAGAAGAGACUGCGGUCAGUUCAAAGGAACCAGGAUACUGGGCAGCCGGAGAGAGAUGUAACAGCCCCAGCCCUGACGUCUAUAACGUCAUCCGAAGGCAGCGUGAAUCGGAUCUCGCGGACACACGGCCUGAUAUCAAGAACACUUCCUUUCUUGGUUCUUCUCCAGACACUCCACCUGGAGAUUAUGACAACCUGCAUGCAGGCAGGGACACGGAAAGUGGUUUUGUGACACUGGCCAGCACAGAAAGCGGCUUCGUGACCACUGAAAUGUAUGACACAAUGCAAAGCCAUGGAAGUAGGAGAUACUUCAGAGACCAUGCAUGGAUGGAUGAAUUAUAUGACUAUUAAUUGUAUGCAAGAGGAACAUUGGUUUGAUUCUGCAUUUUCUCGGUGAGACAGAGCCAACAAUAACUGUUGUUUUUUAUAAAGUCACAAAUCUUUCCAAACGAUACCAGUAACAUUCACAUUUAGGCUGCCAUGACACGUUAACAAUGAAAGUUGUCUUCGCUGGCUUCAACUGUAUCUGUAAGCAAAUUUUGUAAGAAUUAAUUACGAAACAAUGAAGUAGUACAAGUGUUAUAUGGAUUUGGAUGGUUUGCAUGACUCUUGUUAUGCUGCUUUUACUGGAUGUGCUGUAUCAGGCUCAGUGUUUACAAUGCGACAAUCUCUUGCAGACUAUUUUCCUAUGAAAUAUUGAAUGACCAAAAAAACUGAGAUUUCUUAUAUGCAAACUAUUGGAAUGUGUAUGCCGUGAUGUUAAUGAAGCCUUAAUAAACGAAAUGAAUGAGAA